AUGGAAGUAGUUCCAUUUACAAAGUUGCUAUCUCCAGAAGAACACGCGUGUGAAACUCAUUUUACGACUCACACGCAGCGUAACUCUGAAGGUCGAUAUGUCGUUCGAUUGCCUUUUAUUGAAAAGAAAGGAAGCUUAGGAGAUUCGCGUCCUAUAGCUCUUCGCCGCUUUAAUACCUUAGAAAAUCGUUUUGAUAAAAAUCCCAAAUUAAAGGAGAAUUAUUGUACGUUUCUAAAUGAAUAUAAUGAUCUAAACUACAUGUCGUUGAUAAAAAACCAAAAUCUCGCCAUGCCCGGAUUUUAUCUUCCGCAUCAUGCUGUGAUAAAAGAGGACAGUACAACCACGAAAAUUCGCGUGGUGUUCGAUGGCUCGGUAAAAACGUCAUUGGGCGUUUUGUUUAAUGAUUCUUUAAUGGUCGGACCUACAAUUCAGGCCGAUAUUUUUAUAUUGUUGACUCGAUUUCGAUAUCAUGCCUAUGCUCUUACCGCGGACAUUGAGAAAAUGUACCGGCAGGUGUUAGUGCAUCCAGACGAUGCAGUAUGUCAAAAGAUAUUAUUUCGAGAAGAUCCAAAUGAUAUCUUGAAAGAAUGUUCUUUAGACACCGUCACAAAAGGUACUUCUUGCGCUCCUUUUCUCGCCAUUCGGGCCCUAAGUCAAUUAUCUGAGGAUAAAGGGGUUAAACAUCCUAUCGCAGCAAACGUGCUGAAGAAGGACUUUUACGUCGAUGACCUAUUGACCGGUGCGAAAACGCACGCCGAAGCCAAAUUCCUUCGCGAUGACAUAACUGCAUUCUUGCAGAAGGGCGGUUUCCCUCUUAGAAAAUGGGCCUCCAAUGACCCUUCAUUAGUGCCUGAAAAUUCAGACAAUUUUACUAGUACACAUAUGUCGCUCGAUCCAAAUGCAAACAUUAAGACACUAGAAAUUCAUUGGAAUUCCUUUCGAGAUUAG